AAUUGUGAAUGCGGAGAGCAAGAAGCUUGUUUGUUCCAGUCGAAGGCGCUAACCACUUUAGUGUUGAAGGCUCAAGGAAAUCAUAAGACAUUUUACCGUAACUACUGACAUCAUCACGUGGAUAGUACACUGACAUUAUUAACAUUAUUAUUAUAUUUGCAACUACUAAUUCAAGAUGAUGAUCAACUUGCAAAGUUCUGACGGUCAAAUCUUUCACGUUGAUUUCGAGACUAUCCAGCAAUCUACGACCAUCAAAACCAUGUUGGAAGACUUGGGUUCUAUCGACAAUACAGAUAGUAAUCCAAUCGUUUUGUCCAUUGUUAAAGGCUCCAUUUUGGAGAAGGUUCUUGAGUGGUGUGAAUAUCACAAAAAUGAUCCACCCUACGACGAGACUGAAGAUAUUGAAAAGAAUGCAACCAAUAUUAUACCAUGGGAUAAAAGGUUUAUGGAAGUUGAAAACAAUAUAUUAUUCAAUAUCAUCCUCGCCGCUAACUACCUCGAUAUUAAAGGCUUACUCGACGUAGGUUGUAAAACUGUUGCCAAUAUGAUCAAAGGCAAAUCGCUUGAAGAGAUUCGACAAGCUUUUACAACCAAGGAAAAUAAAGGUAUUAACGAAAAAGAAGAAAAGAAUGACUGUGAAAGACCAAAAAAAACUGAAAAUCGAGGUAAAAUCAACUCUAAAGAAGAUAUGGAAGAACACGAACCCAAGAAAUUAAAAAAAGAUAAAUUAUAGUAAGUGGAACAAAAAAAUAAAGGUUCCUUUAAGGUGAAACAGCAUUAUGUUUUUGUUAAAUUGACUAAUGAAAUAAUCUUUACUUUAUGUAUAAUUAGAAAUUCCUAAUAAUUAAGUAUGUGUAAUGUACUCAAUGUAAAUUUUUAUUAUUUUAAACUCUUGCAUUAAAAAAGUUUUCAUUUUAUGUAAAAAACUUUUGCAUUGAAAGUAUAUUUGACCAUGAGUAUUCAUAUUGUUAUCUCUAAUAAAGCUAGGAUUAAUUACAAUAAAUUAAUUAAAGUAUACUCUAUAUUGUCAAUGUUUUAAAUAAUAUUACUCCAUUAGCGAAUAAAAAUUGUAUAUCAUAUUAAUUAAUUUUGAUGGCGAUUAUAAUUACAUCAACAACUACUAAUUUAAGAUACAACUUUACUUUUAUUUUGUAACUUU